UCUCUUUAAGACUCAACUCAGACACAAAGACUGAACUUUGGGCUCAUGAUCCCAGCCCUUCCUUGAAGUAUGAGGCUGCUCACUGGAGUAACUGUGUUUCUGACCUUGGGGGCUAUGAUUGAUGCUGAGAUCACCCAGCCCAACUCCAUGGAUUAUGCUGAAGGAAAAGAUGUGAACCUGCCUUGUAACCACUCUACCAUUGGUGGAACUGACUAUAUACAUUGGUAUCGGCAAAAUCCCAAUCAAAGGCCACAGUAUAUAAUUCAUGGCUUACGAAACAAAGUGACUAACAACAUGGCCUCUCUCAUCAUCACAGAAGACAGAAAAUCCAGUACCUUGAUCCUGCCUCGGGUUACCUUGAGAGACUCUGCUGUGUACUACUGUGCUGUGAGAGACACAGUGGGACAGAUGGGACUGCACCUGUGCAACAUCUCCCUGGCAAGAGAAGGUGGGGGAGGCAGCAGCUAUUCAGAGCAAAUCUAG